CUUUUUUUUCGAUGUGUUCAUUUAGUAUUGCUUAUCAUCUGUGUUGAUAUCCAUGCCAUUAUCGUACCAUGCAGCCUCCAAUGCUGUUGGAGGGCAUGGAAAGAGUCAGGGUGCCUCCUUCAGCGGCAUUGGGAGAGUCAGCGACCCCUUAAAGAAUCGAGCUCGAGUGCCAAAACAAAUGCAGCCUUGCAGCCUUGCACACCUAUUUUUCUCAGAUUGACAUAUCACAAGAAAGCUAACCGACCACCACCACCACCACCAAGGACCUAGUCAUGAGCAGGAGACAUUCAGGACAGGAAUCAAGUUUACUGGGAUUCCGAAAGGCGAUCGCGUCUCAUCUCUCAUCGGUGCUCGAUCAGUCCAGCGAGACGCUCCUCCCGCUCGUCCAACAGAAUACCAGCCACCGGAAAGGAUCGCACAGUGUCUUUUCUGUGGCGAUCAAGCGGCUCUGUGGAGGGAGUGAUUUGGACGAAAGCAUACGGGAGAAAUGUCUGGAGUUAUCGUUGCCGGAGGUCAAGGAGCUGAUCGCUCGCGUAAGGCUGACGAAGGAUAUGAUGUUGUUUGAUCCAGUACCAUUGCGGGUAUUGCAAAUCACGACGGAGAGGAUUGUAGAGGAUGCAGGCGGAGGACAGCAGGGAGGAGAAUUGAAAGAGAGAGAGUCAAUGGAGGUUCUGGGGAAGCGUGAGCGGGAGGUAAAGAAGAAGGUGGUGAUCGUGAAUGGGGCAAGGGUUCAAACGGAUGAGAGUGCGUACAGCGGGUUGAGGAGGACGGUACUGACGGGGUUCGUGGCAAGGGUGUUGGAAAGUACCUCUCAAAGCGUCGUGAAGGUGAUUGCGGAGGAAACUUACGAAGAUAUAGAUCCAAGGAUCAAGACACUCUAUCAUGGACUCGAUAUUCUGAAAGACCAUUUAAUAGCCCCGACCGCGACAGCACCAGAAGCACAAACGCAUCUGAAUACUAUCAAAAAUGCUGUACAGAACAACCAGGAGAUUCGUGCACAGGUCAAAGACAGUGCGUGGCUCGUGGACUUGACAUCCCAGCAGCUCGGUCAGGCGAAACUUUUUACAGCAUCGACAGAUGGAUCCAUGGACAAGCCCACACCGCUCGUUCAGACCUUGAUGUCCUUGGCACGACACUUUGUAGAGCAUCCAUGCGAUCGAUAUAUCUGGAUGGUUCCCGAUGGCAGGCGUCAGUUUGCGGAGCAAGUACUCUACCUCGCCAACAUCAUCUUCCCAGGCGAGGGACAGAAAGAGGACGAAGAAGAAGAACCACUCAGGAAAAAACGGAUCAGUGGAGCCUCAGGAGGAUGUUGGGCGCAGGAUAUCGAGGUUUUGUAUUUUGGAGCUGCAACUGGUUUUGAUAUCUGGAACUCUAGUAGUAGUAGCAGCAGCAGUAAAGUGAGCACUGGGAGCUCAGAAAUUGUGGAAUAUACCAACCAGAGGAUGAGGGAGAUCGUGACCAAGAACCGAGGCAAUCCAGGACGUGGAACAGGAUAUAGUGAAAUGGACGAUGACGAGGAUAAUGAUGGGGGAGAGAAGGAGUUGGUACUGAAUGAGGAAGAGCUAAAGAGAAUGGCAGGGAUUCUGAGCACGUCUGCGUUGGCGGUCGCGAGUGUUGGGUGUAAGCGGAUGCGGAAGUUGACGGUGGACAUGAAUAGGAUCCUGGAUGGGAAGGGUAAUUCGGGUGUGUUUCUACAGUACGUGCAUUCAAGGCUCUGCGGGAUUGAACGCAAGUCGAAGACGAGACUGAACCCGGAUGCCGAUCUAUCACUUGUCCAGGCAUACCCCGAGGCGUUGAACUUGAGCAUCGUACUUGCAGAAUGGCACGACACCCUUUCGGCUCUCCAAGAAACUCUGGAUCCCUACGCAUUGGUGCCGUAUCUAUUCCAUUUGGCGGCAGAGGUUGGUCAGGCGAACCACGUCUUGCGGGUCAAGGAUAUGGAUACGGCGGUGGCUGAGGCCAGAUGGUUGUUGUUCUGGUGUGCGAAGCAAGUACUAGAGGAGGGGUUACGGUUGUUGGGACUUGAGCUUGUGGAGCGGAUGUGAUAGUUGAUAUAACCGGAUUUUUACAUGGGCUUAGGUCAAAGGGCUUAGAAUCCCAGAUACCAUAGUAAAGUUGUCCGCGCGCCAAAAACAUUACUACGUUGCAUAGGUGCAUAAAUAU